GUGAGGGAGAGAUGCAGACUGAGCUGCCGAUGCUGCUGAAUUGAAUGGGAUGUUUGGAUCAUGUUGAAGGCGUUUCGAGGGAAGUAUCAGGGAAAAUGAAAGUACUGUGAGAAGGAGCAUGUACCUUUGAGGGUCCCCUGAGUCGGAGAUGUCUGACCUCGAGGACUUUGGCAAAAUGGGGGGGCAGUGGAAUGCAUCCGAGAGCUACCAGUUCAACCCAGCCAGCGUCAUCGUGUCGGUGGUCUUCUCGCUGAUCUUCCUCCUGGGCACGGUGGGCAACAGCCUGGUGCUGGCGGUGCUCUUCCGCAACGGCCAGAUGGGCUACAACAGCACCAACCUGUUCAUCCUCAACCUCAGCGUGGCCGACUUCUUCUUCAUCAUCUUCUGCGUGCCCUUCCAGGCCACCAUCUACUCGCUGGAGGGCUGGGUCUUCGGCUCCUUCAUGUGCAAAGCCGUGCACUUCUUCAUCAACCUCACCAUGUAUGCCAGCAGCUUCACGCUCGCUGCCGUCUCCGUCGACAGGUAUCUAGCUAUUCGCUAUCCAUUGCGGUCCCGGGAACUUCGGACGCCUUGCAAUGCAGUGGUUGCCAUGGUGGUGAUCUGGGGGCUCUCCCUAGUGUUCGCCGGACCCUACUUGAGCUACUACGACCUCAUCGAUUUUGCCAACGGCAACGUGUGCGUCCCCGGGUGGGAGGAAUAUGACCGCAAAGUGCUGGACACGUGCACAUUUGUGUUCGGUUACGUGAUCCCUGUUCUGAUAGUCAGCCUUUCCUACACCAGGACCAUCAAAUUUCUGUGGACAGCCGUAGACCCUCUGGAUGGCAUGACGGAAUCUAAGAGGGCCAAGAGGAAGGUCACCAAGAUGAUCAUCAUCGUCACCGUGCUCUUCUGUAUCUGCUGGCUACCGUAUCACAUGGUCAUCCUGUGCUAUCUGUAUGGUGACUUUCCCUUCAACCAGACCACCUAUGCCUUCCGACUGCUCUCCCACUGCAUGGCUUACGCCAACUCCUGCCUCAACCCCAUCGUCUACGCCCUGGUGUCCAAGCACUUCCGCAAGGGCUUCAAGAAGGUUUUCAGCUGCCUCCUCAGCAAGAAUGGAAGGAACAAGGUGCACGUCGUGCAUGUAGCCAACACGGCACCCGGGUUCGAGGCCGGAUCCACUGAGGUAUCUCACAUGAACGAGGAGAACGCCUGUCAGGAUGCUUGCGAGAUGGGAGCCCGCCCCCGCCCAGCUCCGGAAAGCUCCAGGCUCACCAUCAGCCUGCCGAUAGCAAGACCAUCCUGAAUAAACCAAACGAGUGAGCCCUCUCAGAACAUCCCAUUCAGCCUCUAAAAAGCCUUCCUUAUUACUAAACCCAUGGCAGAGACUUUAAGAUCUCUGGAAGGGCUUUGAAAACAUUCAAAUAAAAAAUCAAUUAAGUUACACAAAAACGUAUUUCUCUCUCUCUCUGGAGGGAUAUGAUUUAAUUUAUCAGGCAGACUAGGCACAAUUUCACUUGCUGAAACAAGUUCAUAGCAGAGCAACAGAAAAAAAUAUUUCUGGAAUUAAAGGGCUGCCUUCAAUGAAUAGUUCUGCCUUUUUGGUUUUUGGCAAAGCUAAGGAUGGAUUAUUACAAUUCAAGCGUCUACAAACAGACAAGAAGCAGAAAGCUGUUUCAUUUCACCCUUAAGUUUCCAUUUGAGUCUGUGCUCUCCUCUGUCAUUCAGUUUGCCUUUUAUCUCUGUGAAUUUCGCUUUCUGUAAUUAAAAUAGGUGUACUUGUUGGAUUCCAACUAAAGACACAUCAGUCAACACUAAAGCAGGCGAAUGUUCUGAUUUUCAGUCCUUGUAUUAGACAUAUGUGAAUGUCUCUCUGUAAUCGGUGUGGCUUAGUGUUCCUUAGUAGUUUUGACCAACCAAAUUUCUGUCUAGUUAUGUAAAAAAAAAGACUAAUUAUUUAUUAAAUAAAAAGUAAGUUUAUUCCUUA